UCAAAAUUAAAGAUGGCCGACGAUGGUGCUGAAAAUCUUCGUAAACAAAUUGCUUUCCUUUCAAAUUUAAUUGAUUCCCACAAGAAUGGAAAUGGAAAACAGAAUAAAACCCCUGUCAUCCCAAAUCCUAAAGAAAAUAAAACCUGGUCAAGAUGGAAGACUGGAAGCAGGCAGUUUAACCAUAAAGAGCAAAAUACUGGAAGUGCUCAAAUUGUAUUGGAUAAUAGAAAAUUGUCCAGCAACAAUAAAACUGUUCAAUCAAGUCAUAGACUUCGAAACUCAUAUGUAAUUACCAGGCAGAACAGCAAACACAAUGUAACAGCAUCGAAAAAUGAUAGCAAGAUUUUACAUAUACCUAAUUCCAAAACUACUUCAUUGAGCUACAUACCACCCAUCACAAACCAACCAAAAAGCCAUGUUGCUACAAAAUAUAGAUUACAUAGAAAUCCAGUUCUUUCAAAAUCAGCACCACCAUUGAUUCCACUAACUUCUUCAAUGAAGAAACCUGAUAAAAAUGUCCUGUCAGAAACCUCAGGCCCAUCCUCUGCCACUAAUACGCCAUUGAAGAUGAUUGGUAGAACGUCUAAUGGCUACUCAAAACAACAGAGUAGUGCUACUUUAACUAAACAACGAAUUGGAAAUUUUAAGUGGGCAAAGAUUGAAAGUCAUUCGCCAUUGAAUGUUUCGAGAUCAAAAACAGAAAACAAGAGAGAACAAUCUGUGACGAAGCACGUAUCAAGCGCGCAUCCAAGGACAACUUUAACACCAGUUGAAAGAACCAUAGUCUUACCUAAGCCUUUAAGAAAAACUACAUGUCUGACAGCCACACCAGAGGAAAGGGUUGUGGUUUUACCUAAAAGCGAUAGAGCUGCCCCAACGCUAACAGGUAGAGCCACCAAAAGUACCAACACUUCGAUACGCAGUCUGGCUAAUGUGCCAAAAACUUAUACCACAAGUUCGAAAGCAUUGACUGGUAUGAAUGAAGAUACUGUACCAACAUCUGCUUUCGCAAAUAGGAGAGUUGUGAAUUUGCGAAAAAGACAGAAGUCAAGCUCAAAGUUAACGUCGUCAACUGAUGCAUCCAAUGUGAGAACAGUUUCUGGUAACACACGGAAAGUUGCUGUCAAAGGCUCCACCUCAUUAGACAGAAGACCUCUGCCCACAACCAACCCUAGGCUAGGGACGUACACCCUGCAGUCCUCUGCUGUAUCCAAAGGAGCGAAGUUGAAAUGGAGGCGAAAAAGUGCGAGUCAACUAACAAACGACCCGGCAGGCAAAAAUACAAGAUCUAAAAAUUUGCAUGGAAAUGAACUUCAAACGCGCCUUGCUCUAAAAUCGAAAUGGCGAAAGGCGGAACCGGUUUCUCUCACGAGAAAAAAAGUGAUAUCCAUUGCAAAUAAUCGCCAUUCAAGAGCGGACUUGCUCCAUACGCGGCAUGCAAAAAAUAUGCCUUCGUUGCGAACUGUACCGCAUUUGAGGCGCUCGAAUUUGAAGUGGAGCAAAAGUUCUUCCCAAACAAGUUUGCUUCAAAGAAGUGAGCAGUCAUCUUCGAAGUCAGACAAGCCAAAGUUUGUUCAUAAUUCAAGGUUUUCUUUAAGGAGAAGGAGGAGUAGCGAUGGAAGAAAGGUGUUAGCAGGGGACUAUUUAGGCUCGAGACGUGUCCACUAUAGGACUGGGGCAAUAGGCAAAGUUAAAUCACAAAACAAGGGAUUUCUGGCGAGGAGGCUGAGGUAUAUAGCAUAUGACUCUAAAAGUCAGCACAUUUCCAGGCUCGAAUCCAAAUACUCACUCAGGAAAUACGCUAAGACUCCGUUGAAAAGAAAGGUGAAAAUUGGCGGGAGUAUUUAUCUUAUUGGUUCCCAUGGCAAAACUUUGAAGAAGACGGUACCAUUAAAAUACGAUAAAACCAGCAGUUAUCCAACUUCACUACGGAGGAAUUCACUUCAUAUCUACCGGAGACCUAGCACUGCCCCAUCGUCGUUCACUAAUGCUGUUCAGAAGAUCUUCAAAAGGCAAAACUCUGUGGACAAGAACAAGACAAGAAAAGCCAAUAAAAUUUUGAAGCGAACUGUUCAAGCCAUUGCGAAGAGAGUGAAGAAACAAAAGUCUAAAUCUGAGGAGUAUUGCAUGUUUUUCAAUAAAUUUGGAAAAUGUACAAAGAAGGAACAAGGAAAAUGUCCGUACGUUCAUGAUCCAACGAAAAUCGCAGUAUGCACAAGGUUCCUCCGUGGAAAAUGUCAGCAGCUGAAUGGAACUUGUCCGUUUUCACAUAAAAUUGACAAGGAAAAGAUGCCAAUCUGUCAGUAUUUUCUCAAAGGCAAGUGUAAUCGUGAUGACUGUCCCUACUCUCAUGUAAACGUUGGUCGCCAGGCUGAUGUUUGCGAAGACUUUCUCAAAGGUUACUGUGCUCUUGGAUUCAAGUGUAAAAAGAAGCACGUACUUGAAUGCGAAGAGUUCAGUACGACAGGACAGUGUGCAAACAGAAGCAGGUGUAAGUUGAUUCAUCGCCGGAAGUUGCAACGACCGGGUAAACGAUACUUCGACGAAGCCAGCUCUCGUGACGCAGAAGAUGGCGUUCGUGACGUGAAACGAACUCGACGAAAGAGUAGCGAUGGUUUUCUGCCUCUUGAUGGCUGUGCUUUAUCUGAGGAUGACUACGAGAAGGAAACUAUACAAAAUUUUUCUCUAAGAAUUCGACCAAAUUUUGCAAGCAAAGAAUUCAAACCAUGAAUGAUUGGAGCACGCGGUGAAUUUUUUGCUGCGUAACGCUUGAUGCGUUGGCAUCGUUAUAUAAUGCUGCUGCGUUCGAGAAUGUGUCUUUCCGAAAGGCACCAUUGUAGUGAUUUUCACAAAAAAGGUGCUCCCGUCUCUGUGACCCAGUUUUUAACCCAGAUUUUGCUGUACCAACCUGGUAUAUAUCAUACCAACACACCCCAUAUGCUAUCGAAGGUGAAUGUUGACAAUUUCGACAUAUCACCAAUGGCAUAUCCCCAUAUAUUAAAUUAUGAAAUGGAAAUAUUGUAUUAAAUCUAUA